GGGGCGGGCGCGGUGCGCAGCUACCCGGUGAUCCCGGUGCCCAGCAAGGGCUUCGGGAUGCUGCAGAAGCUGCCGCCGCCGCUCUUCCCGCACCCCUACGGCUUCCCCGCAGCCGCGUUCGGACUGUGCCCCAAGAAGCAGGAGGAGGCGCUGGGCGGCGCGGGGGGCGGCGAGGCGGGCAAGGGCGGCGCGCUGCCCCCCGGCAUGUUCUGGGGACCCCCGCACCCGCACCCGCACCAGCCGGCCCAGCCGCCGCACCAGCCCGGCGCCGCCAAGGACACCGGCGUGUACCCCUCGUUCCCCGUGUUCUGGCCGGCCGCCGGCAGCCUGCCCGUGCCGCCCUACCCCGCGCAGAGCCCGGCCAAGGCGGCCGCCACC